CUUUAAUAGACCUACCGAACGACGCCACAUCUAAGCAAGGAAGAAUCAAUCAAUGUGGUGGUGGUGCUCAGCUGCUUGUCAGAAACAACAACGGAGCCAAACGUAGACCUAGAUUUCUCUAGAUCUAGUUGUCAUAACGGUGUUGUAUUGAUUGUGAUAUUUAACUCCGCAUCCCUAAUGGGUUAAAGGUAGAUCUAAGUCUAGAUCUAGAUCUAUAUUGAUCUAAGCGUACAUAGAUCUCUACAUGGAAUGCUCAGCUCGAGUUGUUGUGCCAUCAUUCCCUGACUGCAUGGAUUUAACUCAAUCAAAACUUGGAUAUGAAGGCAAAUCGCCCAGAUCUAGUAUAAAGUUUAAGAGUAACCUAGGAGGGAUAUGGCAGCUACGUCGUGUUGGUCCACCAUCAACUGUUGCAAACAGCGCAUCUUUAAUAAGGCUUAAAGAAGAUGGGAAAGUAACAAUAGGUCGUGGACCUGCAGCAGAUUAUUUCUUAGACUCCGCCAUCACUUUAAGACUCAUAUCACGAAUACAUGCAUCUAUAAUUGGAGAAAAGCAAGAAAAUGGUUGGCCUAAGUUCACUAUUGUGAAUAGUGGUCUAAAUGGCACUUACAUUAAUGAUAUUAAGAUGGGCUUUCACUCUGAAAACAAACAAAUCCUUCAAAAAGGAGAUAAAAUUACGUUUGGGCAUCCAGGCUGUGCCUCCAUUCAACCAGGUCACUAUGCUCCUCAACAUGACUCAGAGUUUCAGUUCAUUUUGGAAUGUGUGUCACCCCAACAAGAUGCUGAAAGUGAAAAGUUGAACACUCAUGUGCCAAAGUUCAAAUGUAACAACAGUUUUCGCCAGAGUUUGCAACAAAAACUAAAAAGUGUCAUUACAGGAGAAAAUUGUAGGACGCCCGUCUUUGUUCCAAAUGGUCAUUGUGUGAUAGAAAGUAUUUCACAGCUUGCAGACUCUCCUCAUAGCAAUGCCUCAGCAUCAGAGAAGGAGAAUCACUUAGCAAAUUCAGGCAAUGAAGAAACCAAACCCAUUGUAAGCGCAUCUUUAGACUGUGCAAUCCUAGCAUCUAGUAGUUGCAAACAGAGAGCACUCAAUGGGUCCAACCAAUCUGAUACACACAGCCAAAGUGCUGAUCAAAAGCUCUUGAUAAGCUCAGGGUCAGCCCAUCAUGUGGAGAGUAGUAUGGCACAAGCUCACAAUGUCAAAAUAUAUAGCACUGUCUCUGAAGAUUCCAGUCAAUCGUCCAACUUUCAUGAACUCAUGCAUAUGUCACCUUCAGCAUAUCGAACAGAUGGUGGUGGGGUUGAGAUUAACAGUACUACCAUCAUUCUGCGAGAUGAGGACAGCGAUGAAGGCUCCCAUAGCCCAGAGAUAGAAAUUGUUGGUACUUUGAGCCCAAAUCUACCCACUCGAAUCAAGGUUGAGUCUGGUUAUGAUGAUAGUGAAGCUGAGGAUGUAACUCAAGCUGUAAAAGCUUCUGGGAAAAGUUCUCAAGGAGUACACAGUACUGUAACACAUCAAGAUAAAAUAAACUAUGAGAGCCCAGCAGAAUCUAUGUUAGAAAAAAGGUCUUUCUUGACUCCUACAGACUAUCGAAUCAUAAGCAAGAAUCAUCUGCACAAUGCUAGUGUAUCUCCAUCAGACAGUGUGUCCCGCUCGUGUGAGUCUGUGGAACAUUACAAGGCUCCAUCCCCCAGCUCCUCACCUACCUCUGUCUCCCCUCCCACUUUAUCUCCUCAAUCACCAUUUGUACAUUCAUCCCCACAACAUUGUUCUCAUCUCCAAGAAAAUACUAACCCAUUGCAUUCAUCUGAUUCAGAAUCAUCUCUUUCUUCACAUACUACAUCAUCUUUGUCAUCGUCUAAGCCAUCAUCACCCACAUCCAGGACAUCCUCGAGGUCAUCACGCUCACACACCAGUGCUUCACUCAAAGAGCCACUGGUCAGGGACUUGGUACCCAACAUGUACUCAAGCUCAGAUGAAGAUGAGAUCUUCAAAGAAAAUAAAACAAGUGAAAUUGUCAAAAAAAUUUACAAAUCUCCCAACAAAAGACGAGAGGCUGGGAAAAGCUGUCAAGUUUCCAGGCGAAGUGUUUUGUUUAAAUCUAACAAGCGCACCAUUGACAGCUUGAAGAGGUGUACAUCCCCAUUGUCUCCAUCAGCGCACAAUCUCUCUUCAGCAAAAAUACUUCAUAGGAGAAAAAUGAACAAAAGUGAUGAAUCUCCAUCCUCUUCAGAUUUGUCAGAUCUAGAAAGUGUCAUAGAGAGAGACAGAACAGGCUCAUCAUAUGUCAAACUAAAGCCAAAAGUCACAUUAAAAUCUUUAGAUUAUUCUCCAACAAAUAGAGACUCAACAUCCUUGAUUUCAUUUAACUCCAAGUCACAGCCGUCGCCAGCCCCCAAGUCACAUCCGGCGCCAGCCUCCAAGUCACAUCCGGCGCCAGCCUCCAAGUCACAGCCGGCGCCAGCCUCCAAGUCACAGCCGGCGCCAGCCUCCAAGUCACAGCCGGCGCCAGCCUCCAAGUCACAUCCGGCGCCAGCCUCCAAGUCACAGUCAACAUCAGCCCCCAAGUCACAUCUGGCGCCAGCCUCCAAGUCACAGCCGGCGCCAGCCUCCAAGUCACAGCCAGCGCCAGCCUCCAAGUCACAGCCGGCGCCAGCCUCCAAGUCACAGUCAACAUCAGCCCCCAAGUCACAGUCAACAUCAGCCCCCAAGUCACAUCCGGCACCAGCCCUGACGUCACCCCCGACAUCACAGCCGGCGCCAGCCCCCAAGUCACAGUCAACAUCAGCCCCCAAGUCACAGUCAACAUCAGCCCCCAAGUCACAGGUAACGGCCCCACUAUCAAAAAAUGCAUUUGCUUUGAACUCCAAAGAGUCCCCAUCAAUGGGGGGCAAGGCAAGUAAGUCUCACCCCUCAGUCAGCUCAGCCAUGCCGCCUAAAGAUUUAGAUUUGUCUGAUAAUAAUCAAGCAGCCAAACCAUCUGCUGAUCACCAAAAGAGCAGAGCUCCAUCAGCAAUGUCUGCCUCACACCCAAGAACUCAAAAGUUGAAGGAGAAACCAGAGCCUGUCAAACUGACCAGCUCUACUCAUAAUUCAUCUUUGUCCAGCACUCAACUCUCUCCACCAUCUUCUGUGCCUUCUUUAACUAAAGGAAGCACAAAGGCUGCAACUCCAGGCACACUAGCCAAGCGAAAUUUAAAACCAGCAAAAGAAAGUAGCCUAAUGAGUAAAAAGCAACAAUCUCCUAUAGUUAUUAGCUCUUCUUCUGAUAUUUCUGUACAGGAAGUGAGUUCAGAUAAAAAGGUUGCCAAUAAAUCCAUGUAUCUUAUUGACUUGCCUCUGAGUGAUUCACCUCCAUUGGCUAGGAAACCCUCCAGGACUAGCAAGAAAAAUAAGAGUUCUGAUUUAACCAACAACAACAAAUUGGAUACUAUGAGUGCACCUGGCAAAACAUCCAACAUAUCUCAAAAGGGGAAACAAAAAACUAAAUCUUCCACUCAGAGUAAACUAUCUGGUGGAGAGAAAAGAAAAUCUGAAGAUGAUUUGGACUUGUCAACCAGAAAGAAACACAUUAGCACCCUGGCUAACACAGCAGCUGGUAGUAAAAAGGCAACUGAAAGCGGCCGGCUGUCAAGAAACAGUUCUACCUCUUCAGCCACAUCAGAAAUGUCAAAAAAAAAGAACAAAAGAGGUCCAAAGAAAGGGAAGUCAGAUCUGGUGAAGAAAAGGAAAAAAGCUGAGAGUACAUCUGAUGAUGACAGCUUGUUUGAUGAUGAGAGAGAUGAAGACUGGGACCUGCCUGAUGGAGUACAAUAUUAUGAUAACUUAUGCAGUGCUAAAAAGUGCUUAAAUCCAACAGGGACUAAAGUUGAUUGGGUGAUGUGUGACAACUGUGAACAGUGGUACCAUGUGGAAUGUGUUGACUGCUCCAUUGAGGUCAUACAAAAGGAAAAUGUCCAGUUUCACUGUGGCCUUUGUUGAGAUAUUAUCCAAAUAGUGUCAGGAAUUUCCUGCCAUUUGAAUUGAGUCAUGGGAGGGAUGUAAUGUUUGAUAUUUGUGUUAACUUUUUAUAACCCACCCCUGGUAGUUGAGAGGGAAGUGAAUAGUAACCCCACAGAACAUUCAACUUAGGUCACUGGGCAUCAUCUUUGGACAACUUGAAUCAAAAAUGUAUUUUUGUAUUCAUUUUAAUUAUUAUUAUGAAAAUAACAUUAACUGGGUUUGUUCAAUAGAAUAGAAAAAUUACCAGCACUUAAAUCUUUAAAUAUCUAUUGCCAUUGUCACAUUCAUUUUGAAUAAUAAAGACAGUUUGGUUCUGUGUUGAAGCUUAAUACGUCCCAGUUUAGUUCAACUCAGAAAACAAUUCAUGACAAUCUCCAGUAUUUUUAUUUGGUCUCAACUCUUCACAUUACAGAGUAGCCCUCACCCUGACUGCUACCAACUAACCCCUUACAACCAUUCACUCCAGCUUUAAUACCGCAUUCGACCUUGGGCAUUCGACCUUGGGAUAACAAUACAUAAACACUCCAGGGUUAACAAUACUCUAGGGUAAACUCAACUCACACACUUUCUCUCCCCUAGUUCUAGAUUAUUCUAGCCUAUUUCUAUCUAACCUACAACUGACCUGUAACAAAGCAGACAAUCAGGUUCUGUGUUGAGGUUGUCCUCUAACAAUCAGAACAUGCUGCUAUCACCCCACAGAUUAAAUAUUGCAUGUGAUUCAAUAAGCUCAUGACUAUAUCUUGUGAUAUUUUCUUUUCUGUGGCUUCACGUGUAUGUAUGAUGAGUGAAUGUCUGCCCUACACAUGUUUCUACGUAUGUUAGUGAAACUCUGCCCUAAGUAUGAUUAAUGAAUGUCUGCCCUUCUUAUGAUGAAUUACUGAUGAAUCAAUACUGAGACUUGAUAUUGUGCAAAGUGUGUGUUGAGACAGCUUUUUUCAUUUUGUUAUUAUUUAAUUAAAAUGUCUGUUGUUUUAUUUACAUAAUUGUUCAUACAUUUUUAAAUUGAUUGUAAUG